AUGCCUCCUCCUACGAGAAUUCGCCUUCCCGUCGUCGACAAUCAACAGAGGUCGAUGGCGCCGAAAGCAGCUCGCCCGAACAAUCAGCCAAAAGACGAUACUUCCCUUCAGAAACACGGAAAGAGCACGAGACAUGAGCUGACGAGCCAAGGCGCCCAGUCCAUUCCCUCAUACUCUCCCGGCCAGUUCGACGACGCUUCGCCAAAUCAACAGAGUCCCUCACCCAAGCCUCCUCAUCGAGCAACUCAAUUCGCGAACAAGCCGCCUGCACAAUUUCACAAGAUGAGCUCAACCAAACGAGAAGAGAGCUUAGUGGGACUCGGUCUCUUUGGAAGGACCUCGAGCCACGUAUCACGUCCUUCAAAAGUCACCCGCCACCACCGCACUUCAUCGUGCUUUCCCUCAUCGAUACAUGAUCAGAUCUCCAAGCACAAGCACAUCAGCACGCGGACCAGCACUGUUUCUUCUGAGCAACCUUCGAGCACGGAGCCUGCUGCGUUUACUGGCACACCCUACUCUGCAGCUGCAAGUGGUGGCGGUGGUGCUCCGACGGCACAAUCUUCCGGAGGAUCGACUCAGUCUGAAGCUCCUGUUCAGCAUCGGCACGAUGCAGCGGCGAUGGCUACCGCUAUUGCAGCAGCUACCGGCUCAUUCAUCGUCCUUGCAGCAAUAGCUGCCAUAUUGAUACUCCUCAGAAAGCGAAGAGCGACAGCAGCGGCGCGCCAGAGGCGCACCCAUGCGGUGGUCAGUCGUUUCAGCAGCGACAGUGGCGGGAAUGCGGAUGCAGGAUACAUCGAGAAGGCCAUUGGGGGUCACGGACAGCAUCGACAGAAGACUGCGCCACCCACUCCAACAGAGCAGGACACCAAGGCCAUUUCGCCGUGGCUGGAAAACGACGGUGGUGUGCACGACCAACCGUUGGCGACUCUUCCCGCCGCUGCAGGGAUGCAAUCAGACAAUUCCACGGCACAGAAAGGCAUCGGAAAAUUGUCUGCCUUGCUCAAACACUCUCGGCAUCAUGACGAGGUGCAAGAGAGGAACAAGAGAUACACAAAGACAUCCUCGUUCCUAGGUGGUGCGCCCGCUGCCAGCGCGGCUCAGUCCAUGGUACAGGAACAUUAUGUCAAAAAGCGAUCUACGAUGAUGGCUAUUCCAAGCAGGAUACAUGUGCCUGUCUCACCCCAGCCUGUCGUAGUUGCCCUCUUGCAAGAGGCGGACCGAAAGCAGCAACAGGAACAACAGCGGCGCAAGAGCGCCUCUUCCACGCCGCAGCUCCCACCGUUGGCCAGCGUCAGCGAUUCGGAUUCGUCACCGUCCACAUCUUCUCCUUGGCGCUUUGGGGUUGUCUUAAAGGGAUUCAAGGGACAGACGGCGAAGGCAGCCCAAGGACCUCCCAGACGCAUCACAGUGCUGUGCUCCUCGGAGAUCAACUCAAUUGUUUUUCCACUCCCGCCCGCUCCCGCUCCGACCCCAACGCAAAGCAGCAGCAGCUUACUCGCCUUCAAAGCACCACAGACGGCUGCUGAUGUCUUCUCGGAAGGCACAGGAGGAGGACCCAAAAAGCAAGCAGGUAACGGCACAACGCCUCCUGCGUUGAAUCUGCCCUUUAGCAGCCUCAUUGUCGCAGCAUCGUCACCAAUUUCUCCAUCACCCUCACCCCUGGGAGCAGCAGCAGGGGCAAGGCCGCAGAGCAAAAGCUUGGAGCUGGCGAGGAACCGGACAAAGUCGGCACGAUCUUCAUCAAUGAAAAGGGGUGCUGCACGAAACCGCACACGAAGUGCGAGCUGCACUGCCGGGGCAGCUGCGAGUGGCGAUCUAUCUGCCUGUCGAGAGGACAGCAAGGAGAGUAUCCUCGCCCGGCUCGAUUCGGGUGGUCCAUCUGCACAGCAGGCUGAUGGCGAUGCGGGACUGGCCUGGAGGUGGCUAGCCGAGGCUCUCUCCGAGAGUGAUGCAGACGACGACGAAGACGAUCAAGAGCUGAGGAACGGCUACAUGGCUGGAUCUGAGAUGGACCACCACGGCCAGAGUUGCGACGAUGAUGACGCGACCGACGACGAUGACGCCGCGACAAUCACUGGUCAUCCUUCGCCCACGACAGCAACAGCACCAGCAGCGGACAAUGGUCUGGCUGGAGAGCUAUCUACAAAGGGCGUAGCGACGGUAUUUACGUCGAUCAAUGGUGCCGAGGAACUCUUUUCGAAGAGCGUCACGCCAACUCGUGCGAGAGUAGCCGGCACCGAAGACAGCACUCUUAGCGCAAUGACGCCACCUGUCAUAACGCUCACAAAGGGCGAUGGCUCGGCUGAGAAGCGUCUGAGCCUGACAACGACGAAUGGAACGAGGUCACGGUCCAAUUCAGAAUCUUCGAGUGGGGAAGAGGAUCAAGAGACUGUCGCGUCCAGCACCUAUUCUCCAGCACACACAUCUUCCAACGGAUCGGGCUCUUCUUCAACGGCCACUCUCAUCGAUGUCGAUGAGCACGAGCAAGCGUCAACGUCUGUGCAGACAAUCAUCAUUCACGAUCGUGAGUAUGAGCAAGGCAGCGAGAAUAGUAACGAGUCGGCAGAUCGAUCCGCGGAAAAUCGUCCCGAUACUCAAGAUGAGCAGGAUGUAAUCGUCUUUUCUCCUUUGUCCACAUCCAAUCUUCACCAAGAGGAACAGACAGGCGAUAGCGCGGUUCUUACAGCCGAGUCAGAGGAAACAGAAGAGGAAGGAGAAGAUGACGGCUACGAGACGGCCCACAAUCGUAUGAUGUCGACCAGCACCGUCUCCUCACUGGGUCUUCCGUGGGCGCAGGUCGCACUGCCAAAGUACCGCUCUGGCGGCUUGGAAGACAUGGACGAUGACACAUUUCAAUAUCGCCCUUCUUCCACUUCCUCUUCCUCGGUCGACGCGAGCAUGUGA